CCAUGGUCCAUCGUCCAUUUUUCCGCCCACAAAUCCCGAAACGAAAAUGCCGACCGACUCCUUCCAAAGGUUCAAAACUUCAACAUCUCAAAUAAUCGCAAACUUACCUUGUUCUUGCAGUACCGGUAGCAUCUGGCGGGACGGCGGGCCAUCUUGACUGAUUCUCGCGAUGUCGCUGGGUGUGGGUGUCGCUGGGUGUUGGGGUGCGAGAGGGACAAGUGGGAAGCCUCUGUAUUUUGACCACAUUCAAAUUCGCCUUCGAUUACCAAUCGCGGGCUCAUUUUCCUGCCGGCUGAGCUGAUCACGUAAAAGUGGGGCUGUUAGGGCACAAGGAAAAUCCGGUCCACUGUACACAGCCAAUCAGAGCCGACCCCACGUUUGCUUGGGAUUUGGAGAUUUCCAAACUUUCUGGAAAACUUGACUUGGACUUUUUUCUGCAACCCGACGACGCUUCCUGCCAAAGACAAGGACAACACCAACCUUCGAGGCCAACUUCUAUCUCUGUUAAACCAUCCCAACCGUCGCAAUGGCCCCCAAGAAGUCUAAGUCGGACGCUCAGUCCAUCGGCGCCAAGCUGGCCCUUGUUAUGAAGUCUGGCAAGGUCGUCCUUGGAUACAGAUCGACCCUCAAGGCCCUCCGCACCGGGAAGGCCAAGUUGAUCCUCAUCGCUGCCAACACCCCUCCUCUCCGCAAGUCUGAGCUCGAGUACUACUCCAUGAUGAGCAAGACCUCAGUCCACCACUACAACGGCACCAACAUUGAGCUUGGCACCGCUCUUGGCAAGCUCUUCAAGUGCUCCACCAUGGCCAUCCUCGACGCUGGUGACUCCGACAUUCUGGCUGACCAGACUGCCUAAAGAGCCAACCUGAAAAAGACAGGGAAAGAUUUGGCAUUUGGCACGGCGUUCAGGUUCUCAACUCCGGCAAGUCACACACCGGGCUCUGCUCGGCUCAAGAACUGAUUUUGAUGGCCAUGGUUGGUCAGGGCUUGCCCUGGAUUGAUGGCUCCAAUAGAUAGUCGUAAUACAUGACCUCUCGUUGCCA